CUCAGGAGGCGGGUAAUUAAAAGAAAGCCACAAAGAGGGCGGUGCCAGCUCCGGUCCUCUGGGUGAAAAGUCCCGAGGAGUGCCAGCUUGGUCCUACAGCUUGCGGAGCUUCUCCAGGGACUCAGUCAUUUAAAGAUUGAGACCAAGAUCGAAAGAAUGGCUGACCUCAAGCAACUCAUGGACAAUGAAGUGUUGAUGGCCUUUGCCUCCUACGCAACCAUCAUUCUUACUAAGAUGAUGCUCAUGAGCUCUGCAACUGCAUUCCAGAGGCUAACCAACAAGGUCUUCGCCAACCCAGAAGACUGCGCUAGCUUUGGCAAGGGGGAGAAUGCCAAGAAGUUUCUUCGGACUGACGACAAGGUGGAGCGAGUGCGAAGAGCCCACCUGAACGAUCUUGAAAACAUUGUGCCCUUUCUCGGUAUCGGCCUUCUGUAUUCCCUGAGUGGUCCAGAUCUCUCUACAGCCCUCAUGCACUUCAGAAUCUUUGUCGGUGCUCGGAUCUACCACACGAUUGCCUACUUGACACCCCUUCCUCAGCCAAACAGGGGCUUGGCAUUUUUCGUUGGCUAUGGAGUUACUUUUUCAAUGGCUUACAGGCUGCUAAAGAGUAGACUGUACCUGUAAAGAUAAUUGUAAUCCUCAUCAUCUGAUUGGCUUUUUAAAAAAAAAAAGAAUUCUGUGUUUCCAAUGUACUCAAACAAUUUCUAAGGUUUUAUGUAGGAGAGGAGCAGAGAAAUUAGGAAUCAGGGAAAGCUCAGUUUAAAGACUAGCAUCAAUUGCCUCUAAUCUUGUUUUGUAAUAGGGAUAGACAUUUAAUAUAAUCAACCUUAACCAUGUUCUCUAACUCCUGCAGUACUUUGUUGUAAGUCUUGAUUGUGCCAUAAUUUGUAACAUUUAUCUACAUUUCAUAUUGUGCAUCUAUAAAAGAGUAUGUGAAACCAGGGUUUCAUUAUUGCUGAAGUAGGCACAUGAAUUAAAAACAUUAAAAAUAAA